UUUGAUUGGUUGUUUAUUUUGUCUUGGCGUCAAAUUCGGAUGCUCGUCUGCCGGUACGGUGGAAACGCUCCACAGAAUCUCGCAAAAACCAACUAAAAUGGAUUCCAAAAGUACUUUAUCGAAGCAAGACUUCAUGCUGGAGAAACUCGCCCGAUGGAAAGUAGAGAAGGCUCGAAAGAAGCAAUACGCAGACAAUGGGAAGAUGUCCCAGUGUGGCACGAAAUCCAUGACAAGACGACCACUGAAGGAACCAAGGGCGGUCAACCACAUACGCACUGCCAGAGCAGAGAAGACGUCUUCAAACAAAAGGUCAAGUUUACAAACCACUAGUUCCAAAUCCAGCACUGGAAGAAUGAAGAGCAAGAAGGAUGAAAGACGUCAGUCUAACUUGACAGAGAAAUCACCAGUUAAAGAAAUUACCAUGAGGGAAAAGCUUGAAUUGUGGAAGGCACAGAAGCAGGAGAAAAACAAGAAGACUCCAUCACAGACCUCACAUUCAUCAAUGAAGAAAGAAGGCUCAACUAGACACCUGGCCCACGUCACACCCUCAGCAAAGACACCACUACCCCCUUGGACCCCCAGCUGCAAAGGGCUCACAGACGCAGAAGAAACGAGAGUGGGUGAUACUCCCAAGAAACACCUCUUCAAAACUCCAACAUCCGUCAAGGGUAAACCCCUCCAGUCUGCCAUCUCAAGCAGGCAUCAGUCGACCGCAGGCAUCAGUGAAGAAGGCGGGAGCAAAAAUCACUCCCUUGCCACAAAACCACAUCCCACAGACAUAAACGAGAACCGUCUGCACAUCACAAGGAGCAGCCCUACUCUAGAUGAGCCGCCCAGAAAGCGCAAGGCCGUGACUUUCCUCAGCACAGCGACGCCCGUGAGAUGCAGCCCACGCUUGCAGAAGAACAAGGAAUCAACAGGAUUGGUAGGGCGUGGUCAGCCUGAUGCACCCGCCACACCCAAACAGCCAUGGCAGGACAAGAAAUUAGAUAUGCAACAGCGCCUCGAGCAAUGGCUAGCUAGCAAGAGCAAGACUCCAUCCAGAUACAGCAACCUUCUCAACUUCAAAAAGACACCUGCUGAUCGCAUCAGACGUAGCGUAAUGACCCCCCGGCAUGCCAAGCCUACCAAAGUCCCGCCCCCGGUCUGGCACCUCGACUCGGAGCCAUCCAGUUCCCUUGAUAGCAGCACUAGUCAGGAGGAGGACGAAUUGAGGUCGGCUUUGAAUUGUACAAUGGAUGAGUGCUUCUUGCUGCUUCAGUCGGGUUGUCCAACAGAACAUGUGUCCGAAUGGCUGGACAAUUUGGUUGACAGAGUUCCAGCGAUGUGUCAGUGUGCUAAGUACUGGCUCUGCAGAGUCUCCAUCGCGCAGGAGGAAGGACUAAAUGCAAAUGAGAUCAUCCAUAUUUAUGAGGAGGCGGUACGAGAAUGUGCACAGCCAAUUCAAGAAGUCAAGGACUCCCUCCAACAGUACGUGACCACACUGAUACACAAACAACCAUCAGCUGAAGAAGCACCCAUCACCUCCCCAGAUGCACACACUGUGACAGACCCGGCACCAGAGACCCCGACACCCAGGGGUAGCCGGUACCCUGCGGCCAUGGAUCAACUGCUCCAGUCCUCCGUGCUGAGAUAUUGCUUGACGGAAUCUACACCUUAUUUUGACAGAAUCAGGGCAGCCAUUGGCCAUCAACCCCCAGCCCCAACAACCCCUGGCCUGAAGCUUGUGACGCCAGUCCGUCGAUCCACUCGUCUGGAGGGCCGACGCUCUAUCCUCCCCUUCAAUCUCCAGGACCACGACGUCUGCCUAGCCUCCCUGGGGGAUCUACCCUUGACUGGGCCCCAGGAGUUCAUCCUGAGAACUAACCGGGCCCUGGAGGGCGAAUUCCUGGAGGAAACUGACGAAAGGCUGGACGUAGGGUAAGAAACAAUGGAAUGGGAACCUUGCAAAUAAAUUGGGUUGCACACAAGUACACAAGCCAACUAGAGGUUGUGUAUAUUAAUAGCUUCUUUCAAAAUGAGAAUAGGCUCCUUCAACAUUUCUGUUCGACAACUGGAUGUCAAGUUAAAUAUAUACUGCAUUUUUUUAUAAGAAAUGUAGAAGUUUCUUUACUUUUACACUGUAUAUCAACAUGCCAAUAUUUGAAACAUUUUGAAUAAAACAAUAAUUUUUUUAAUGUAAAUAUUUCUUCCGAUCGAUUUAUAAAACAUUAUACUUCCACUUUUAACAAAAAUCUUAAAGCUGCUUCAACGACUUCAUUUCUGAAAAUGUUUAUUUUGUACAAUAUGAAUUUUUUUUAAUUUCUAUACUUUUCAAUCAAUUCAUGUAGUUCAAACAAUUUUUGAAAAUUAUUGCAAACUGAUUAGUUUUCUUUGUUUUAUUUUAUAUAAUUCUUUAUUGCUUGCUUUUACACACAUCACUUGUAAAUUAUGAGGCAUGUUAAAGAAGUACAGUAAAAAAGACUUAAAACUCUAAUGCUUACUUUAUGCAAGUAAUGAAAAUGAAAAAGUACAUGUAUCAAUUGAAAUACUUAUCAAAAUAAUGCAAAGAUCAAUUGUUGAACACCAUAACAAUGGGACCACAGCAUCCCACAUUGAAGAUUCCUGUCUUCACCUGAUAACUGAACUUUUAUGCAAUGUAAAGACUUGUGUUUUCUUCCAUUUCAAAUGAUAUUCCAGAAACAUUGAUAAUAGGUGAACCUACAUAUGCUGUGUAUUAAAAUAAUACUCACCCUAUAUUUUUAGUUUAAUUUCAUGUAAUUAUUUCAGUUGUCAUCAAACAUGGGUAAUUUACCAAACCUCUUUUUGAAUGGUUCUGGAUAGUUUAGCAUUUGUUGAAAUGUGAUCAGUCCUCAAAGUAAACAGGGCA